ACAGGACAUAAGACUCAUAAUGAUUUUUAGCUAGUAACACUAAAAUCAAAAAGUCUAAAUAAAUUGGAUUACAAUGGCGGCUAUGUCCCCAUCUCAGCGGAGAUUACAAAAAGAACUAAUGUCGUUAAUAAGAGAACCACCUCCAGGAGUCACGGUAGAUGGAGAUCAGGCCAGCCAAAAUCUGACUUUGUGGACAGUACAUAUGGAAGGUGUCCCCGGUACAUUGUAUGAAGGCGAAAAAUUCGUAUUGCAGUUUAAAUUCACAAACAAAUAUCCCUUCGACUCCCCUGAGGUGACGUUCGUGGGCAACAAUAUCCCGGUGCACCCACACGUGUAUUCCAACGGCCAUAUCUGCCUGUCCAUACUGACUGACGACUGGUCGCCCGCGCUCUCCGUGCAAUCCGUGUGCCUCUCCAUCGUCUCCAUGCUUAGUAGCUGUAAAGAGAAGAAGCGGCCCCCAGACAACUCAUUCUAUGUUAAAACCUGUAACAAAAACCCUAAGAAAACAAAAUGGUGGUAUCACGACGACUCCGUGUAACGUCACGUCGCGGCGCUGUAUCGAGCUUGGACGAUAAAAUCUCAAUAUGUGAUAAGUGUUAUAACGACGUGGUGUGUGUACAUAGCGAGUGAGUGCCGUGGUGUGCGGACGUUGGACUAGCGUUGCUUAUUGCGUUGCCCUGUGCCCAGUUCGGACGCCAUAUUGCUGCGGAGCGACACCUGUCGGAAACUUUGACUUCGUUUGACGGAUUGAAUUGUAAGUAAGCUGAUAUCCAACCCUUUGAGCUAGAUAUACACUGGCAGACUGUAAUGCAUCUCAUACUAUCCAGUUAAUACAUUUAAGUCUUUAGAAAUGGCAUGGCAUGAGGAGUAUCAUGGGCAUCACAGUGUAUUUUGUGACAUCCAUGAUAUUCUUGUCUAUAAGUGACGGAAACCACUUACCAUCAGGUGGGCCGUCAGCUUGCCAAUUUAAUAUCAUAAAAAAGAAUGUCUUGUCGUGUAGACAAAACAGUGAGUCCCUAAUUGUCAUAGCAUAAUAUGGGACAUGCCAAAACCAGUGAUACUCUGAUAUGAAUCCAAACGACACAGUAGUGUUUCUAGCUUUUGGUUGUUUACCCAGGGUCACCACACGACACGACAAAUCGCAUUGGCGAUAAUGAACGCUGUACGUUUUUGUUAACCUUAAAUUCCCUUAACGUCGUAUUAUUCUGUCAUUACUAAACUGUUUAUACUUGUAUAUGGGAAUCAUAAAAUAUAUGUGAAAAAUUUAACCUUCUGGUAACUCAACAGAAUUCAAACCCGUCUCUCAGCUGUACCAACUAGUAUACUUAACCGGAUCUCGACAAACAUCACUACAGUAGAAUUACUAGUCGGUAGUUACAUUUAUAACACGAUAGAUGGCGCCUGUAUAGAUUUAUUGACGUUUGAAAGACUUUGAAACAUAAUUCAAAAUUUAACACUUGAUAGUAUUUUUUUUUUUUUAUUUAAUUGAGACUACACUUGGCUCAGAUGUUUCAGAGUUGUAGAUUCGAAUCCUUUUACAUUGAACUCUAAUACAUUUUAAAUGGUACACAAUUGUGAGGCGAUAAAAAAAUCACUGUCAUUCUGUGGUGAACUGUGGAAACAGCCGAAGAUAGGUGGCAAAGAUGCUUAUUUUAAAUUUGUUACUAAUUCCUCACGCUCACAUACGAGAAAGACAGCACUUCCGUCCAAUUUUGUUCUCUCACCUGUAAACUAUAAAGCCCAUUUUGCUUUGUUUAAGACUGAAAUGUAAACAGAUUGGAAAUGAUAUGUUUGCCACCUAUCUACAAGCCUGGGUGUGGACCCAUAAGCUCUUAAGCAGUAUUAAUUCGACCGUAUGGUUUGUGAUAAACGGAAUUACAACCUUGGUAUAAUGGUAUAAGGUUGUAGUUCAAAGUCGGACAUUAAAAUUGGUGAUUAUACAGUGUGUACUUGAAAUAUUACGAAAUAUGUAAACAAUUCAAGGUGUAUUGGUGUGUUUUUAGUAUAAGCUAUUUCUUUUUUCAAUCGGGUAACUUAGCCCAUUUUAAUACAUAAAUAGGUAAUAUAAAACAAAGAAUUAUUAUACAUAAAAUUUUAUUAAUUUCAAAGGAAAUCUUUAUUGACAAUAUAUAAUUAUAACAUUAUAUCCGUGUAUAUAAAAUACGUAUUAUUGGUUAGUUCCUAUCACGUUGGGACAUAAAAUUAUAUAAGAUAGGUAUCUUAAACUUAAUUUUAGUCAUGGUAACAUUAUUAACUAGGAUGCAAUGUUGCCAAUAUAAAAAAGAAUAUUACAAUAUUUAGGAUCACAACAAAUACAAAAUAUUACAAUAAUUGUAUAAAAAUAAAUGUAUUGGUCUUCUCUAAUUGAAAUAAUAAUACAAUAAUUAAUAUAAACUAUCCACAACAACAAAAAAAAAAUUAAAAAUGUGUGUUUAAAACCAUACUAAAAAUUUUUGCUUGGGGUGUAGGAGAUAUUUCGUCAAUUCAUUUACACAUUGUAUAACUUAUAGGAGUGUAACAAAUAUACAAUCACUGUAAUGUGAUCUAUAAUAUAUUUAACUGACAGUGAUGUUUAAAAAAAAAUGCAAAUUGUAUAUUGAACUGGAACAACUGUUUAAAGAUUUGCAUUAUUUAUACAUGAACCUGGCAACACAUACAUUGUAUAUUGAAUUCUAUUCUAUAUUCAAUUUUAAAUAUUUCUCAGCUGUUUUUUUUUUCAAACAGCUCUUUAUUGCACUAAAAUUGUAGAUUAAAUUACAACUAAAUAUUAUGUUGCAUUUUAUUUUUUAUGGUUGGCACUAUUACAAUAAUCUUACGAAUUAUUUUUAUUGAAUGUAGUCAUUUAAAAAAAUAAAACAAAAACACUUAUAGGACAUAAUUUUUUAAUCAAUUAAUACAAAAAUAUUAUAAGCUUUUUGUUUAUUUUAUGGACUGUAGAUUUUUUAAAAAGAUAUCCUAGGAUUGGUUUACUAAUUGUGCAAUAUAUAUAAACGCUAAAUAUGACCCAUAUAUGGUAAUAAAUCUAUUACUUUAUAGUGAUUGGUGCAACAACUUGUUUCAAGGCUUGGGCUUGUCUCUGAAAGAGAUCUCUUCCAGCCAACUUAAUGCAGUGAGAGUCAGUAAUUAGUUGGUAAUCUAAUAGUUGUAAAUAUACAAAAUUAAACAAGAAAUGUUAGAUGACGCUGGAAUCGAGACUUGUGCUUUUUUGUUGAUUAUUUUGUAAUUGAAGAUAAUUUAAAAUAAAAUCGCAAUGUUGUGUACAAUGAAAGAAUAUAAAAAUAAUUAUAACCUAUUACUAUUCAAGUAAAAAAUCAAUAAAACCACUCGCCACUUUAGAAAUAACGCCUUAAAAUUAUUUUUACUUACAAAAUAAUCGACAAGAACCACAAUUCUCGUUCCUACCGCCAUCUAGUAUUUCAUGUCCAAUUUUGUUUAGUGACCAACCAUCCCAAAUACAAAAUAAAUAAAUUAUU